GUGUGUUUUUGGUUAAGAAUUUUUAAAUAUUUGUUGUUAAGGGAUAACUAAGAGAGUGUGUGUAUAGUGAAGUUGAAGAUUAUAAUUUGAUAAAGUUGUAGAUUAUAGUUUAAAGGUAAAGCAAUUUGGGUUCUAGCUUUCCUUGGUUAUAGAGUUACAUAGGUGAUGGGGAAGCUUUGUUAACACCUUACUUGUCUAGUGCCCCACUUUUGUCAUCCAAGUGAGGGCAAAGAUGUCGGAGAAAGUUACUAAAUUGGCUUUGGCCAGUCGUGUGAUUGUAGUGGUCUUACAAUUGGUAACAAAUACUGCUUUACCGGAUCAUAAAAAUGAUGUUUUUCGUGCUCCCUUAGAUGGCAACAUCAAACGCUCUUGGCUGGAUAAAUCUAUUGAUUUUACUUUGGGCGGUUUACGUCAUUGGGAUGGUGAAUAUUUUCUUCACAUAGCCGAAUAUGGUUAUAGCUAUGAAAACACAUUAGCUUUUUAUCCUCUCUAUCCGGUGAUAGUGGAAAUGUUGGCCAAAAUGUUACAUUAUCUUAUGGAAGAUUUUAUGUGCAUGCGCAGCUGUUGUCUGCUAAUGGCGGUUUUGCUGAAUGUUGUGCUAUUUUGUAAGGCGGCCAAUAUUUUGUAUGUGCUGACACAGCGUAUUUUUAAUGAUUUAAACAAAAGCUGGAAUGUGGUUUUAUUGUUUUGUUUUAAUCCUGCCUCUAUAUUCUUCUCGGCGGCCUAUUCGGAAUCUUUAUUUUGUUUAUUAACUUUCUACAUAAUGCUGGAGUGUUGUCUGGAAAUACGUUUUGUACGUUCCUCUUUGGCCUUGGCUUUAAAUAUUGUGGCCAGAUCUAAUGGUUUGGUAAACUUUGGUUUUCCUGUUUACUUUUUAGUGCGUAAAUGCAUUUUAAAACAAACCCAUUUCUUGGCCACCUGUUUUAAGUUAUUAGCUUGUUUGUUGGUGGCUUUAAUACCCUGGACUUUUUUCAAUUUCUUUGCUUUUCGUCAAUAUUGUUAUUUCGACAAUCCAGUAAAUCAUACCCAGGCGGUUUUAUCAUAUGCUCGAGAAAAGCAAUUUGUGUUGGCCGGCCAACGUUUACAGCAAAAUUCGCCCUGGUGUGAUAACAUUCUACCCUUUCCCUAUUCUUAUAUACAGUCUCACUACUGGCAGGUAGGUUUUUUAAAAUAUUACGAAUUCAAACAGCUGCCGAAUUUCUUAUUAGCUUUUCCCAUACUCUCUUUCCUAAGCUGGCAUUGUUUUGUUUACUUAAGACAUUUUAUUAUGAAAUUUAUAACCAAAUAUCCUCUGGCUCACCUUAUAAAAGAAUAUAAAACUUUACCUUUUAUCUUACACUCCUCGUUUUUAACUUUAUUUUGUAUAUUCUUUGUUCACAUACAAAUUUCUACACGUUUGCUGUGUUCAGCUACUCCCACUUUAUAUUGGUUUGCUGCCGAUUAUAUGCCCAAAUCUUUAGAUAAAUUAAAAUUGAAAUCCAAGGCGGGUUUGAUAUUUGUUUGGUUUGCCGUUUAUGUUAUAGUGGGCACCUUACUAUUUAGCAAUAAUUUGCCCUGGACUUGAAUCCCUAAAGAAAACUUUUACUUUAAAUUACAACUGCAACAAAAGACAUGUUUUUUAUUUCCCCC